UAAAUGUGCUUCCUGAUACUGCGCUGCUUCGAUUCAGAGGAUCGUGGGCAGCAGCAGCAGCAACGACCAGCGGCUCGAGCGGCUGCUGGGAGAGUGAAGGAUGUCAACCUAUAAUGUGUCUCUCAAUGGCCCCGCACCUUGGGGCUUCAGGCUGCAGGGAGGAAAGGAUUUCAACAUGCCCCUGACUAUAUCCAGAGUAAGCCCAGGGAGUAAGGCAGCCCAAGCAAACGUCAACCAGGGGGAUACCAUCGUGGCGAUAGAUGGGGUCAGCACAGAGGGUAUGACUCACCUGGACUGCCAGAAUAAGAUCAAAUCAGCCACCUACUCCCUAAACCUGAGCCUCCAGAAGUCAAGACGCCCAGGCCCAGUUCCCACUGCAGCUCUUCGUAUGGACUCUCCCAUGCCAGUUAUCCCUCAUCAAAAGAUCGUCAACACUACAUCCAAUGAGUAUGUGGAGCAUUUCAACCCCAACGUCCUGAAGGAUUCCGUGUUGUCCACACACAAGCCAAUCGAAGUGAAAGGCCCUGGUGGGAAGGCCACCAUCAUCCAUGCCCAGUAUAACACACCCAUCAGCAUGUACUCCCAAGAUGCCAUCAUGGAUGCCAUUGCUGGUCAGGCUCAUGCCAGAGGCAGUGAUCUUUCAAGUAACCUACAUGUUAAAGAUGCUCUAGUCGACAGUGCCUCUCCAGUCUACCAGGCUGUUGUUCGUAACUCUAACAAGCCCCAACAAACUCACCAGCAGGAGCUGGAUGAAUGGACUCGCCGGGCUGCCAAUUUGCAGUCCAAAUCUUUUCGUAUCCUUGCUCAGAUGACUGGAACACAAUACUUGCAAGAUCCAGAUGAGGAUGCGAUGAAAAGAUCAAGGGAAAAGUUUGAACAUGAAGUAAAAGGUCCACGCUUUGCCAAAUUGCGCAAAUGGCAUCAUGGUCUGUCUGCACAGAUCCUUAAUAUUAAAGGUUGUACAACUGUUGGCCUCUUGGUAUUCCGUACUCCUAAUCCAACCUCGUUCCCAUUACAUAGUCCAAAUUCUUGUGAAAGCACACCUAUUGAGCACGCUCAGCCAGCUUCGUCAGCAUCCAGCCCUGCCUAUGCUGCUAUGCCUGUUGCUUCAGCCAAUACGCCUGCUGUCGCUAACCUGAUGGCAUCGCCGAUCUCACCACCUACUGCUGCCGGUCAAGAUCGUACUGCUGUGCCAGCCUCCCCUGCUCUGCAAAGUUGGCAGCAGACGUCCUCUUCCUCUAUCAGCCACCAAUCUCAAUCAGCACAUAGCAUAAGGACUAGUCAGGGUUUCUCAAGCAACACCAAUGUGAUCAGACCUCCAGCAUCUCAAGUCUGUACAGAUGCCUCAAACCUAGCUUCUAAACCAAAGGUGGUCAGCACAGCGAGUAUCAAACCUGCAACCGUUCACUCAACUGGAGAGCACAUGCACAGCAGCACUGCCACAUUCAAUGUUGCUAAGCCUGCUCCAGCUCCUCCGAAUGAACCAACUGCUAUGACAUCAGAUGGACGACCACCAUGGGUAACAGAUGAUAGCUUCGCCCAGAAAUUUCAGCCUGGAAAAAGCACCACCACCCUCACCAAACAUAUUCAGCCUUUGCCACAUUCUGCACCACCAAAACCAUUUGCGUCAUCCCUGCCCCAGACACCUGCUUAUGUUCCUACACAUGCUCCAGUGCCAGGGCAGACCAGUGGAGGCACUCGCAACCUUGUGCAAAGGGCUGAAAGAUUCCCAGCAAGCAGCCGAACUCCUUUAUGUGGACAGUGUAACAGUAUUAUCAGAGGUCCUUUCCUCGUGGCCUUGGGCCGCUCCUGGCACCCUGAGGAAUUUAACUGUACUUACUGCAAGACCUCCCUUGUCGAUACUGGAUUUGUAGAGGAGCAGAACAAUAUUUACUGUGAACGGUGCUAUGAGCAGUUCUUUGCUCCAAAUUGUGCUAAGUGUAAUACAAAGAUAAUGGGGGAAGUAAUGCAUGCCCUAAGACAAACUUGGCACACCACCUGCUUUGUCUGUGCUGCCUGUGGAAAAUCUUUUGGGAACAGCCUUUUCCAUAUGGAAGAUGGAGAGCCCUACUGUGAGAAAGAUUACAUUGCUCUCUUCAGCACUAAGUGCCAUGGCUGUGACUUCCCUGUGGAGGCUGGUGAUAAAUUCAUUGAAGCUUUGGGUUAUACCUGGCAUGACACCUGCUUUGUCUGUGCUGUGUGCCAUGUAAAUCUAGAAGGUCAGCCAUUUUAUUCCAAAAAGGACAAGCCACUCUGCAAGAAGCACGCUCAUGCCAUUAAUGUUUGAGAUGCUCAGGGACCAUCAAAAGAAAGCCUGGAGGAAAACCUAUUUAAAAGGAGAACAUGGAGAGCAGCUGUCUCUUUCAACAAACAGAUCCAACAGCUGCCUCUUAAGUCUUUUCAUUCUUGUUUUAUUUUGUUUUAAUUAAGUUUCAAAUAAUUUGACUAAGAUUGUGAGUGUUUGUAAAAGUUCAGUUGCUGGAUGGGCUGCAGGAUAUUGUGGGAAUGCAUUUUUUCCACAGCCAGUUACAGUAGCUUCUCACAAUGCUUUAUCAGGCACACUCAAUACUAACAAAAUACAUUGCACAUAACUGGAAAGUUUACAGAGUUAAGCUUGAUGAAUGCUAUUCUGCUGAUCCUGAUUUGAUAGCUAAUAUUUCUGUAAACCAGGUUUCCAAUUGAAC